AUGUCCACCACCGAGGCGCUGCUCGCCUCCGGCGGCGGCGGAGCAGCGACCAAGCAGCGCGUGAGCAUCGACGAGGCGCUGGUGCAGCACGCGGGGGAGUUCGGGCGGUGGCAGCUGCGGCACUUCGUGGUGGUGUCGGCGGCGUGGGCGCUGGAGGCGCUGCACACCAUGGUGAUCAUCUUCGCGGACCGAGAGCCGGCCAUGUGGUGCCCCGCCGGGGACGGGCGGUGCGGCAACCAGUGCGCCGGCGCCGGCGCCGACUCCGGGUGGGAGUGGGUCCAGGGCAGCGCGUCGUCGACGGUGGCGGAGUGGGGCCUGGUCUGCGGCGAGCGGUACAAGGUCGGGCUCGCCCAGUCCAUCUUCUUCGUCGGCUGCAUGAUCGGCGCGGGAGUGUUCGGACACCUGUCGGACUCGUCCCUGGGUCGGAAGGGCGCCCUCCAGCUAGCAUGCACCCUCAACGCGGUCUUCGGCCUGCUCACGGCGAUCGCCCCUAACUACUGGGUCUACGCGGCCCUGCGGUUUCUAACGGGCUUCAGCACCAGCAGCGUCGGCCUCUGCUCCUUCCUACUCGCCAACGAGCCCAUCGGGCCCUCCUAUCGCGGCGUCGUCGCCAUGUCCACCUUCUACUUCUUCUCCGGCGGCAUCGCCAUCCUCGCCGGCAUCGCCGCCAUGGUCCAGUCCUCCUGGCGCCUCCUCUACGUCGUCACCUCCCUGCCUUCGCUCCUCUUCCUAGUCGCUGUCUUACCCUUCGUCUCCGAGUCCCCGCGCUGGUACCUCGUGCGCCGGCGUGCCGACCACGCCCUCCGGGUCCUGCGCGACAUCGCCACGACAAACGGCAAGAGCAUCCCGGACAACGUUACGCUUAAGCUCGACGAUGGCGACGUUGGAGAUAAGGCCCAGGAGUCUUCUCCAUCAUCGUCCGGCUCGAUCCUGGACGUGUUCCGGUCGAGGACGACGCGGACCAGGCUGCUGCUAUGCGUCGUCAUCAACCUCUUCUGCGCGGUGGUGUACUACGGUCUGAGCCUCAACGUGGUCAACCUCAAGACUAACCUCUACGUCAGCGUCUUGGCCAACUCGCUCGCCGAGAUGCCGGCCUUCCUGCUCACCGCGCUGAUCAUCGACCGCUUUGGCCGGAAACCACUUGCCAUUGGCACCAUGCUUCUCAGCGGCAGUUUCUGCAUUGCCGGCAGCUUCAUGGCCGGCGACGGUACAAUAAGGUUCGUGAGGAUGGCGUGUGGCGUGGUGGGGAUCUUCGGAAUGGCGGCGACAUACAACCUAUUGUACAUAUACUCCGCCGAGCUGUUCCCUACGGCAGUGCGGAAUGCGGCGUUGGGGUGCAUUGCCCAGGCAACACAGCUGGGUGCUAUAUUGGCGCCGAUGGUGGUGGUGCUCGGGGAGCAGGUGCCGUUCGCUGUGUUUGGCGUGUCGGGUACUAUCGGCGGGCUGCUGGUAUUCUACCUGCCGGAGACGAUGAACAAACCCAUGUAUGACACCAUGGCCGGCCUAGAGGAAGGGGAGAAGACACUCCGAGCGGAAGAAGAAGGGUCCGCUCCGGCGAGCCCUCGCCGCAGCGGCUCUCUGGUCAGCCUCGCGCUCGUGCUCAUCUCGCUCAUCGGAUUCCUCCAGGAGCCGCGCGAAAUCGUCGACCACACCAUGUGGGCCAUCCUCACCGCCGUUCUCGUCUUCGAGUUCAGCAUCGGAGAAACGUUGAGCAGAGGUCUUAAUAGGGGAUUGGGAACCAUUACUGCUGGAGGGCUUGCCAUUGCAGUAGCCCUAUUGGCCACACAUCUCGGGCAAUUGGAGAAACUGAUUCUUGUAGUAAGCACCUUUGUCGUUGGAUUUUUCACAAACUUAGUCAAGUUGCAUCCAAAGAUGAUGCCAUAUGAGUAUGGAUUCCGUGUAUUCUUGAUGACCUUCGGUUAUCUCUUGGUGUCUGGGUACAACACCGGGACGUUCACUGAAACGGCUUUAUACAGAUUUGUAAUGGUUGCCAUUGGUGCUGCUAUCAGUGUAGCAAUCAAUAUAUGCUGUGUUGAUGGAUACCUAAAAUGCAUGGAAUACAAAAGGAUCCCUUCAACUAUACUUGCAUACCAAGCUUCUGAUGAUCCUCUAUAUAGUGGGUAUAGGGCAGCUUUUGAGGCCUCAGCACGGGAGGAAACCCUGUUAGGCUUUGCUUUAUGGGAGCCACGCCAUGGACCUUACAAGAUGAAGAAUUGUCCUUGGAAGAGUUUCACAAAAGUUAGUGGAGCAUUGAGGCAUUGUUCAUUUGCAGUCAUAGCACUGCAUGGUUGCAUUCUCUCAGAAAUUCAGGCAACACCAGACAACAGGAGAAUUUUUGGCACAGAGAUCCAAAAAGUGGGCAAAGAAGGUGCUAAAGUGUUGCGUGAGCUUGGAGACAAAGUUAAGACAAUGACCAAGUUGAGCUCUUCAGAUAUUCUAGCAGAUGUCUACUUUGCAGCAGAAGAGUUGCAAGGCAAGAUUGACGAGAAAUCCUAUCUUUUUGUGAACACUGAAAUGUGGGAUAAUAGCAUCCAAGCUAAAGGAAUUGAAGAAGCCAUUGAUGGUGUUAGGGCUGUAGAAAAAGAAAAGAAGAAUGAUGUGAGGGGACGGAAGUUCCGGCUAGAUUCCAUCACCUCGGGGAAUCAGCUCGAGCGGGUGCUGGCGGAACAAGGGCGGAACUUCUGGUGA